AUGAGCUGGGGGUACAUCCGCACCCCUCCCGAAGCCCAGAAGCCCACGACACCUCGCCAGCCCAGCUCGCCGUCGUUCAUCCCGCUUCCUCCCUCGACGCCCGCUUCGCCUGCCGCCGACGGCAUCAUCCCCAUUACACCCUCCGCCGCGUCUCCGCUUCCCCCGCGAGAGGCCAUCGAAAAGUGCCCCAUUGCUGCUGCGAUCGCGAAGGGCCGCACGUCGUUCACCCCGCCCAGCCGCCACGAAACCCCCGUCGUUCGAGGGCGAUACUUUCCCGAGAUGUGGCAGCCACAGCCCACGUCGCCUGAGGCACCGGCACCGGUCCAGCACUCCGCCACCCCGCAGCCCGAGAUGGCCGCCGCUCUGUCCCCUUCUCCCGCUGCCCCACCUGCCCCCUCCCCCUCGCCUGGGGCGGCCAACCUGACCCGUGAGGCGACGCCACACGCUGUGCCGUUCGUCCCACCCCCACCCCCCGCCCGCGCGUACAGCGACCCAGACACCAAGCCCAUUGACAUUGGCUCGCAGCCCAUCCUCAAAGCGGUCUUUGUAGACGGUGCGGGCCCCGUGCCUAUGCACGAGCUGUUCCCACCUACGCCUGGCUUGGUUGCUGCGCACCGCGGGUCGCGCGACGAGAGGGCGUGGACCGAGGAGCUCGAGGAGCUUGAGCUCGACUACGCUGCCGAGGUGGAGCGCGUCAUGCCCGAGAACGAGGCCGCGUUCCUCGCCCACAUCUACGAGAUGAGCCGCAUGCCGCUCGGCCACCCCGCCCGCCUGUCCGCGCACUCACUGUUCCUCUCUACCCUUCGGCAGUGGCACGGCGCAUACGACCUGGACCAACAGUUCGACGUGAUCCAGCGGACCUGCCGUCGUGCUUGCGAUGGCAUGCUGCGCGCAUAUGGGCUCAAGCUUGGCGUCGCCAACCUCGGUUACAAGUACCCCGUCCAGUGGGCCGACAACAUCGCGCUCGACCUGUACCGUUUUGCGCAGGAGCCCGAAAUGGACGACCGCGCGUACGUCCCCAUCCAGCCCGGGCUUUCGCGCGAAGAAACGACCGGCCUCAUCAACCAAGCCCAGGUGACGGUCGACCUCUUCCUCCGGCACCGCUGUGUCCCACCCUUCAUCAUGGAGCAUUUCAACGCUGCUCGCGAAGCCAACCUCGAGGCCGCGGCCCGUGAGGCGCCCGACUUCGACUAUGGCAUCUCGGCGCAGUGGCGCCUCAUCAAGGGCAUGGAGCUCAACGAGCGCCAGCGCGCCCGUUCUGCCUCGCCUACUGCUGCGCCCGUUCCCCCGUCUGAGAAGCCGCAGCGGAAGCGUAAGCUCAACGACGACGAGGCACUCGUCCUCGCGGACCUCCAGAGCUUCGACUCGUCUCGGGCGGAUGGCGGCGCUGCCCGCCCGACCAAGCGCGCCAAGCCGUCCGCGCGAAGCGGGCACAAGCGCCACCCCUCGAGCACCCUGUUCGAGAAGUCGCCGAGAUGCGCGAUAGCGUCAGCACGGCCGUGCACGACGCCGGCGUGA